AUGGCAGCCGCAGCAGUCGCCGGCUUGAUCCUUGGCCUGAUCCUGGGAGUCGGUGCGUUGCUCUCUGCGGUCUUAGCGUGUGCCAGUCGCUCCGAGGCCGAGUCGCGUCCGCUUCACAACAUUGCUUCCACCCCACCCGCUGCUGCUGCCACCAAAAAAGAAGAGCCUGCCAAACAGGCUCCCUCCAAAGACGGUGCUGCCAAGCAACCUGUCGCCGCUGACAACAAGGCCGCCCAGCCCAUCGCCAACAAAGACAACAAAGACAAGUCUGCAGCCGCUGCCAACAACAACAACAACAACAACAACAACAACAACAACAACAACAACAACAACAAUGCAGCGACCACCGAAGAAUGGUCCGGCGCAAAGCUGUGGAAAGAGUUCGUUGAAAAGGCGGGCGCAAACACAAACAACCCACAGUACGUCGUGUUUGAUCCAAAGUCUGGCAAGAUCGAGGUCAAGCCUGCUCCAGCCAACGAUGCGCCUUUCCUAAAAGUUCAUGCUGACGGCAAAGUUGAGCUCGUUGAAGGCGGCAGUGGCGCCGCUAAGCCGAAAGGAGGUGGUGGCGGUGGUGGGGGAGGAGAUGGCCAGAAACAGAACAACCAGCAGCAACAGCAGCAAGGUGCGAAUGGUAAGGAUGAGAAGAAGCAGGAAGCAGGCGGAGGGGCCGGUGAAGAUCAAAAGGGCAAAGAUGCGAGUAAAAGGAACGACAAGAGGGAGGAAAAGAAGGACAACAAGAAAGAUGACAAAGAGGAUGACAAGAAGGUUGACCAGGGAGGAGGGAAGAACAACGAGCAGGCUGCCAAACAAAGCAGAAAAGAAGGACAAGCCAAAGGUAAAGCCGAAGCUGCCAAUGCCUACAACAACAGCAACAACAACAAUUCCAAAAAAGACGCCUCUCCGGCCAAGAAAGACGACAAGAAAGACGAGCCGCCAACUUCCUCCAAAAAGGAAGCUCCUUCUGCUGGCGGCAAUGCUCUAGCCAAGACUUGUUGUGAAGCGGGGAAGCUUUCCUUGCAGAGCACGGUGGAGCUGGUGCAGGUGUUGCAGGCGCUCGGUGUCGCUUCCCCCGCUGCGGCUGGCAAGAUUCAGGACAAGGCGAAAGAGGAUGGUCUUGGAUGUAUCAUUCUCUCGAUCACAGAGAACAUGAUCGCCAUAAUCUUCGCGAGCGUGCCCAAAGAUAUUCUGCGCACCCUGGUUGUCACCAUACGAGCCAUACUGUGCAUAGUGAGGAUCGCAAAUGCUGCACUACCUGCUGCGAUGCUGAUGUGGAUCGAGAUCACAACUGGGAAACCACUUCGGCGUCGACAAUGA